AGAAAUGGACGAGAAGCAACGUCUUCAGGCUUAUCGCUUUGUCGCCUAUUCGGCUGUCACUUUUUCUGUUGUAGCAGUUUUCUCGCUGUGCAUCACCCUUCCAUUGGUGUAUAACUAUGUUGAUGGAAUCAAGACACAAAUCAAUCAUGAAAUCAAAUUCUGCAAGCACUCUGCUCGUGACAUUUUCGCCGAGGUAAACCACAUCCGUUCUUCACCAAAGAACGCUUCUCGUUUUGCCCGUCAAGCCGGAUACGGAGGAGAUGAGGGAGUUGAUCAAGGAAGCGAGGGAGCUCAAGGAGGUUCAUGCUCCGGAUGCUGUCUUCCAGGAGCUGCUGGACCAGCUGGAACUCCAGGAAAGCCAGGAAGACCAGGACGUCCAGGAGCAGCUGGACUUCCAGGAAACCCAGGGCGCCCACCAGCACAGCCAUGUGAGCCAAUCACUCCACCACCAUGCAAGCCAUGUCCACAAGGACCAGCAGGAGCUCCAGGAGCACCAGGACCACAAGGAGAUGCCGGAGCACCAGGAGCACCAGGACAAGGAUCCGGAGCUGGAGCUCCAGGACCAGCUGGACCAAAGGGAGCCUCAGGAGCACCAGGAAACCCAGGACAAGCCGGAGCUCCAGGACAGCCAGGAGCUGACGCUCAAUCCGAGUCUAUUCCAGGAGCACCAGGACAAGCUGGACCACAAGGACCACCAGGACCGGCUGGAUCCCCAGGAGCCCCAGGAGGACCAGGACAACCAGGAGCUCCAGGACAGAAGGGACCAUCUGGAGCACCAGGACAACCAGGAGCCGACGGAAAUCCAGGAGCACCAGGACAACCAGGACAAGCUGGAGGAGCUGGAGAGAAGGGAAUCUGUCCAAAGUAUUGUGCUAUCGAUGGAGGAGUUUUCUUUGAGGACGGAACUCGCAGAAAAUAAGCAAUUUUAUUUGUAUUUUAGAAAUAAAUUGGAUUUUUAUUUU